AUGGACGCUGUGAUCACUCAGCGCAAGUUUUUCAAGAAAACCGCGCGGGGGAAGGUCAUCAAAGUUAUUCGAGAGAGAUAUCUCCGUGACGAUGUUGGCUGCGGUAUCGAGGAUUGCAGAGAAUGUGAACAUGCACCAUCGGGAUCAGCAUCUAACUUCCUCCCAAUUUCUGGAGAUCGCCAGCAUGCCAGCUUCCCUCAUGGUCACUUCGUCUUGCCGGAUACUAAUAUCUUUCUGGCCCAGAUGGAUCUACUCGAAUCAACCCUAUUCUCACCGCCCGUUAUCCUUCUUCAAACUGUUCUGGAAGAAGUGCGGCACAGAUCGUUACCCCUUUACAACCGGCUGAAGGCUUUGAUCAAAGCCGACGACAAGCGAAUAUGGGUCUUCUACAACGAGUACAGAUCUGAAACAGCGAUCAUUCGGGAAGAAGGUGAAACGCCUAAUGACCGUAAUGACAGAGGGAUUCGAAAAGCAACAGAGUGGUACAACGCUCACUUGUCGGCCAUACGCAAGGUCUCUCGAAGCGCGAAGAGCACACUGCCGACUGUCGUACUCUUGACCGAUGACGUCGCGAAUCGUCAGAAAGCUGAGAAAGAAGGCAUCAGCUGCGUUUCAUUGCGUCGUUAUGUGGAAGGUAUGAAGGAGUCAGCUCAACUGAUGGAUCUGCUUUCCGUCGGGGGCGAAUAUAUCGAACCCACGCGAGCCGCCACUCGUGCCGCGCUUUAUCCAGAUUAUCUGCCACACGCCACACUUCUUGCAGGCGUCAAGGGGGGAGAACUUCAUCAGGGACACUUCAAUGCCAGUCCGUUCAACUACCUCGAAGGAACAGUGCCCGUCCCUGCUUUCACCAAGCCAGUGCUUUUACUCGGUAGAGAGAACAUGAACCGUGCAGUGCAAGGCGAUGUUGUGGUCGUCGAAGUCUUUGAUGAGAGCGAAUGGAAGGCUCCUACGAACGAAGUAAUUGAUCAGGAAUCGACCCUGAAAAACGAUGACGCAGACGACUCUGACGAGGAGGCUGAAGAAUUGGACUCCGUGGUAGAGGAACAAAAAGUCCUUAAAGCAGAGGCUUCCCGCGCUGCCUCCGAGAAGCAGCCGACAGGACGCGUUGUUGGCGUCAUCAAGCGUAACUGGCGCGCCUAUGUCUGCCACAUCGACAGUACCUCCCUCAGCUCGUUAAACGCAACUUCCUUGUCUCAGCAGACAGUAUUUGCCACUCCGGUCUCACGCCUUCUUCCGCGCAUCCGUAUGCGCACCCGUCAGGCGCCGACGCUUAUUGGCCAGAAGAUCCUCGUUACCAUCGAUCGAUGGGAGCCGACAUCCCGGUAUCCCGAGGGCCAUUUCGUGCGUGCCUUGGGCCGCGUAGAAAGCAAGGAAGCGGAGCAGGAGAGCCUACUUCUCGAGUACGAAGUGCCGUAUAGGCCGUUCGGUAAAGCGAUACUGGAUUGCUUGCCCGUGGAAGGCGAUAAGUGGGUCGUUCCGACCAAGUCGGAUACCAGUCCGGAGUGGAGGGACAGAGAGGACCUGAGGGACAUGAUUAUAUGCAGUAUCGAUCCCCCUGGCUGUCAAGAUAUCGAUGACGCUCUCCAUGCUAGACUGCUGCCGAAUGGCAACAUCGAGGCUGGCGUUCAUAUUGCCGAUGUGUCGCACUUCGUCCAUGCGGACACCCCUAUGGACAACGAAGCGGCUGCACGAGGCACCACCGUUUACCUCGUCGAUAAACGAAUCGACAUGUUACCGUCGUUGCUCGGGACGAACCUAUGCUCACUGCGGCCUUACGUUGAGCGCCUUGCCUUCUCAUGCAUUUGGGAACUCACGCCGAACGCGCAAAUCGUGAAAGUACGCUUCACGAAGUCAGUCAUCGCCUCUAAGGCCGCUUUCACGUACAAGGAGGCGCAAAUGCGAAAAGAUGAUCCGAAUCUCAACGACGAGCUCACGAAGAGUAUACGGCUUCUCAACUCGCUGGCUUUGAAGCUGAAGGCUGGUAGGAUGGCUGCGGGCGCACUCAAUCUCGCCUCCCCCGAAGUCAAGAUUCAUAUGGACAGCGCGGAAUCGUCCGAUCCCAUCGAUGUCGAACAAAAGGAAAUGCUCGAAACCAACAGCCUCGUCGAAGAAUUCAUGUUACUCGCGAACAUCAGCGUGGCACAGAAAAUCCAAGAAACGUUCCCUCAGACCGCUGUUCUCAGACGUCAUCUACCUCCCCCACGAACUAACUUCGAGAAACUGCAAGAUAUUCUGCAAAAACGGAAAGGCCUCACCCUGGACGUCUCCAGCUCGGGUGCCUUGGCGAAGUCUUUGGACCAAUGCCUGGACCCCAAAGAACCCGCCUUCAACACUCUGGUCCGGAUAAUGGCGACAAGAUGUAUGCUUUCCGCGGAGUACUUCAAUUCCGGAAGCGUCGCCCGCGAUACUUUUGGACAUUAUGGACUCGCCAGCCCCAUCUACACGCAUUUCACGAGUCCCAUCCGGCGUUAUGCAGAUGUACUCGUUCAUCGUCAAUUAUCUGCAGCAAUCUCGUAUUGGCCCUUGCAUCCAAGUUUACACUCGAAAUCGCACGUUGAACGUGUUCUCGACGUCGUGAAUCGGCGGCAUCGCAUGGCCCAGAUGGCGGGCCGGGCUAGCGUCGAGUUUUAUGUCGGUUUGGCGCUGAAGAGUCGUGCGGAGAGACAGGGUGAUGUCAAAGAGGAAGCGUUUGUUAUCCGAACGUUCAAGAACGGUGUAGGAGUGUUCGUCCAUAAGCUGGGUUUAGAAGGGCUGGUUAUGUUCAAGCGGGAUGUCAAGUUCGACGCCGACAAUUAUACAGUAUCCGUACCAUCAACGAACGGCACAGAGGUUCCUAUAUCUGUCUUCGACAAGGUUGUAGUUCACAUGGAAGUGGAGAAGGAUAGGAAUACGCAAAGGGGGAAGGUGAAGAUGAGCUUGGUGGAACCUGUUGAUUCCCGGGCCCUGUAG